ACCGUGUGGCGUGGGAGGGGCCGGGACUUAAAGGGAACAGGGGCAGGCAAUCCAGCACUUUCACUUUGAGCGGCGCCUGUGUCUGAGUGGAGAACAUAAGGAGUGACCAGAGGGAGAGGAGGGUGGCCCGCGUCUCUGCCGCUUUAUCCAUGAAGGAACCCAGGAGCUACUGAGAUUUAGGAAGAUUCAAGGUCUGUAGUGCCAAAAAAAAAAAAAAAAAAGGAGGGGAGACAAAAAAAAAGCUCUUAAAAACGAAAGAAGGCUGCAGCCACUCUGGGAUUUAGAGGGAAAAUCCAAAGUGAAAGAGAAUGAUGGCUUGUGGAGAUUAAUGGGUCAUAUUUUGGAAAGUACCAGAGGAAACCAGAAGAAGAGAAUGCACUGAGGGAUGUGAGCAAGGGGACUGAACAUCGACCGCUGAGAGAGAGGAAAGGCAGAAGCGUGCUCUGUCAGAGACCUCAACAAACCACAGAGGAGGAAACUUUGCCUUUCACAGAGUGACACAGCUGAAGAGUGAUUGCUGUCAACAAGAGAAAUGGAGAAGUGUCCAUUCUUAGAAAGAUAAAAUGCCAGGUCUACUUUUGCUGCUGCUCUUCAUCGUCCAAUGUGGUGGAUGUAACUUUGACCUGAAAGGUGUUGAAAACAUAAAGGCAACAAUCGAUUCUAAUCCAAAUGGAUUUCGGUCUGUGUUCCCUAAAGAUUAUCGUGUAGCGCACCACUACACUCGAAGCAUGCUGUGCGACACUGAGCCGUGCUGCGUGUUCUCGGCAGCAGUGGUUCUCGUGGAGUCCUGGCAUGUGCUCGUCACAAACCUCUGGGAUCAGCAUCUCAAUUACACCUUCAUCCUAGAGCUGAAGCUGACACUGGAUAGAAUUGUUGGAAAGAACAAAAAUACAGAGAGUUUCCUGGAGGAGACGAAUCUCAAGCAGUACCCAGUGUUGUCCUCCUCCCCAGAAGAACUAUUAAAUCUAACGUCAGAACUUUUUGCUCGGUGGCUCGAGGUGGGUUGCUCACCUUCAAUUGAAACUUGUUUCCCGCCCAUGUUGCCCACGUUGCCCACGCCUUUGGAAAGGAAGGACCACGGUCCGGUGAGGGUCAAACUAUUGACCACUCGAGCCAUCAGACGUGAGGAAGACCAGCCUGAAAAAAUGAUAGACAAUAAACCUCCAUCGUCCUGUGGAAGAUCUCGAUCCCGGCCUUGUCCUGCAGCUUUCUGGAGCCCCUUGUUAUUGUUGUUGUUAUUUGGACUCUACUGGUAGCAACAUUGUUUUUUUUUUUUUUAUUGCACAACAAUGAAACUUUUACCUGGCACUGAAUGAAUUAUUUUUGAGUUUUGAUGCAGUAAGCUUUGCUAAAAUGAAGUGAUAUGCACAAGCUGAAUGAAAUGCCAAAAGUCAGCUAACUUUGCUCUUGUUAUAUCAAAUAUAUACUAUACCUAUAGUCACUCUCUUGGUUGAAAAAAAAAGAAGCUACAAGCUCCAGCUAAUUGUGCUUUCCUUGCUAACAAGAGAUCCAAACUGAGCUAGUCGGUGCACAUAAGCCAUUCUCUGUGGUUGCCUCACUGUUUACAAAUGAAUGUUGUGAGAGUUUAUUCCUGUAAGUAAAUGUAAAUUAAAGACUUUCAGGUAUAGUAGCAUUUGGUUUAAAUUAGAGCGAUCCAGUAACUUAUAUUUAUUAUUACGGUUCUUUUGUUGUGUGUCUUAAGAUGGAAGAGUGCAUUAGCUCUAGUGAAUGACCGGAGGGCAAUAGUUUAGCAUUUAUCAGACAGUAAAUGUUGCUGCAUGGAUCAAUGCUCUGUUACUGAAACAGUAAAAUGCUUCAUUUCAUACCUUUGAUUUUACAGCCUCCGUGUCUUUGAGUUCUUUUCGUUUGCUUAAUUCGAACAAAGUAGUCCUUAAGUUACCUUUUGUUCAUGCUAGAUCACUCGGAUGCCUUGGUGGCCCCUUCAGCGAUGAGAUGCUUUUGUUUAUGCCCCUGGAUUCCUUUAUCUAUUCAUGUGAGGUGAACUGUGAUGUGGAUAUGUCGGAUGAAAGCAAAAAAAAAAAAAAUUCAAAGAUAAGCUGCAGACGGGGGAGGAAUGCAUCGUGGCGGCCUGUCUUCUGUCUGAAACAAUAAGAGGAAUAAACGUGAAAUCUUUAUGCUGGCACUUGCCCCUGCUUGCACACACACCCAGACAUGUAAUGUGUACCAUUGUCCUCACCCUUGAAGUGCAUUGCAUUGCCUUGCUGUCGCCAUGGAAGCACCAUGUUUUGCAUGUUCAUUGUUUACACUGAAUUUGUGUCAAGAGUUUGCAAGGGGGAACAAACACAUAUUUGUACAAAUGGGGACAGAAAUAUUUACGUUUUAAUACGUGAACCGCUUCUUUGUACCUUUUCCAGUCUGAGGCAUAAAUAUUUAAGAUGUCUGCCUGUCUGGAGAGUUAAGUCCUGGUUUCCAGUCUGUGACAGGGGUACUAAUGUCAGGAGGUUUCAUAAUUCCCGUAAGUAGGCUUAACUGUGAUUCACCGAAACCUUGUCUUGGGUGGGUCACCGAAUACUGAUGACCCCAGUAAAAAAAAAAAAAAAAGAAAGCACACAUGUACAUAAGGGGGAGGCUUUCUGGAGAGGUCAGGUUGACCAUGCACACAAUACAGCCAACAGUCUGGUGUCAUGUUUUCGAAAGAAAUCUUUGAAAGACAGCUUUUUCCUGGCAGCGGGGAGCCAAGCGCCAAAGAAACCAGCUGAAUUCCCGUAAACAGGGUGGGAGAGAGAGAAAGAGGGGAGAGAAGGUGGUGGAGGAGGAGGAAGAGGAGGAGAAAGUGGGAGGACGCUCAAACCACGUGGCGCUUCAGAGACCGGAAGUACCCUUCCAAGAUGUCUGCGCCCGAUGAACACGCGUUAAACCGAGGAGAAGAAGAAGGCGAGAUGGCAGAGAUGGAGGGAGAUGAGGAAGACGAAGGGGUAGAGAUGGAAGAGGAAGGAGACGCGGGAAAGAAGGUGUACGUCCCCGGGAUCGAGCCCCUUCAGCCCGGAGAGGAGCUGGAGAUGGACCGCUCCGCGUACCGCAUGUACCACGAGUGCCAAACAGGUGCUCCGUGCCUGAGCUUCGACGUGAUGAAGGACGGAGACGGAGACGGCAGGCAGCAGUUCCCCGUGUCCAUGCUGCUGUGCGCGGGCACGCAGGCUGAAACAGCCCUGAAGAACAGACUUCUGGUGAUGCGCAUGCACAACCUUCAUGGAACGGAGAAGGAAAACGAAGAGGAGGAAAGCAGCGAUGAGGAAAGCAAUGAAGAGGAGGAGGAAGAGGAUAAGAAGCCACAGCUGGAGCUGGCCAUGAUGCCUCACUAUGGAGGGAUUAACAGAGUUAGAGUGACCCAGUGUGGCGAGCUCCCAUUGGCUGCAGUGUGGUCGGACAAUGGACAGGUAGAGAUAUUCGACCUUCGACCUCAGCUGGAGGCCGUCCACAGCUCUGCUGCCAUGGCGACGUUCGUCCAGCAGCAGAAAGAAGCUACACCGCUGUUCAGCUUCUCAGGACACAUGAGUGAAGGCUUCGCAAUUGAUUGGUCCCCUAAAGUCCCAGGUCGCCUCGUCAGCGGCGACUGCAGGAAGAACAUCCACGUGUGGGAGCCUCGCGAGGGUGGAGCCUCGUGGCAGAUCGACCAGAGACCGUUCAGCUCCCACAGCCAGUCGGUGGAGGAUCUGCAGUGGUCUCCCACCGAAGCCACAGUUUUUGCGUCUUGCUCUGUUGAUCAGUCCAUCCGUAUCUGGGAUAUCCGCGCCCCGCCAAACUCGAUGCUCUCAGCCAAUGAGGCUCAUUCGUCAGACAUCAACGUAAUCAGCUGGAACAGGAGCGAGCCGUUCCUGCUGUCAGGAGGCGACGACGGACUCCUGAAGGUCUGGGACCUGCGACAGUUUAAGGCUGGUCGUCCGGUGGCCAGCUUCAAGCAGCACUGCGGCCCCAUCACGUCGGUGGAGUGGAGCCCCGUGGACUCGAGCGUGUUCGCCGCCUCCGGGGCGGACGACGUCGUCAGCCAGUGGGACCUCUCCGUGGAGUCGUGCGACGUGGGCGCCAGGGUGGAGGGGGUGAAGGAUCUGCCCCCGCAGCUGCUGUUCCUGCACCAGGGUCAGUCGGAGAUCAAGGAGAUCCACUGGCACCCGCAGCUGCCCGGCGUGAUGAUCUCCACGGCCCUGUCAGGGUUUAACGUCUUCAGGACUAUAUCUGUGUAGGCCGUAGGUGUGUGUGUGUGUGUGUGUGUGUGUGUGUGUGUGUGUGUGCGUGCGUGAGUGUGUUUUGCAUGUAGUCGUAAAUAUGUGAAUGGAGCUUGUAAUAAUGUAAAUAACCUGGCUAUAUAAGUAAUAACUAUAUUUCUGACAUUUACUGGCAGAGAAAAGCGUAUCAUUAAUUUUCUGUAUGCUCUACAGAUGUGCAAACCGUUUUAGACAUUUCCUCUUGGACGCCAUCAAUAAACAGUUUAAAUUCUGAUCUGCUUUGUUUCUACUCUUAAAGAAAAAUUAACUUCAUGCUAAAAAAUUAUUCAUAGUGGACUUAGAUCAGAAGAAAUGAGUCAGUUUGCCUCAUUGGUGAUUGGCGUAAUCUAGCAGUAAAAUGUUUUCUCGGGAGUUUAGUGGCUAGACCAACACACAGUAGUGUGUUUGUUUAAUCUUUUUGUGUUUUUGUAAUACUUAAAUAUUUGUAUUCAGCCAAUACUUUGCAGAACCAGAUUUUGCUGUAAUUACAGCUGCUUUGAUUGGUUGCUUUUCACAUCUAGUGACUGAAUCUUUUGCUAAUUCUUUGCAAACCCUCAUUUGCAGUAGGAUUGUGGAGCUGAAAGAUUAGCAUGCUUUCAUAAAUAUAGAUUUUCAAACCACUUCAUACAGUAUGAUUUCAUCUAAACCAUCCCACUGCCGUUAUUCUACAUGAAGGUGAAUUUCCCCCAGUUUCAAGUCUGUAGUAGAGUUUUCUCUGGGCGUACGUCAGAUUUACCUCCAUAUAGAAAUUCAUCUCUGAUCACAAGAAGAAAUCUAUGCCCAUGUCAUAAUUCUGCCACCACCAUGUUUUACGGUGAGUUCAAGGUCAUGUGCAUUGUUGGUUUUUCUCUAAAUGUAUGGUUUAUUGUUCUUAUCUGAUCACUUUCUUCCACGUGUUUGCUCAGAAUCUUUUCUUCCUUUCUUCUUUCUCUCAGUAAUGUCUUUCUAGUUGCCAUUUUUCCACAGAGUUCACAUUUGCAUGGUGCACAAUUAAUGGUUGUCCCGUAACCACGGAGAUCAGCUACCUUUACAAAUCCAGGGAGCCAUUUCUGUCCUAGCUUUUAAUAACAUUUGUAUAGAGCCACUAAAUCAGCAUGGCCUUGAAGUUCACAUUUGAAGCUUGUCUUGUUUUAUGGUCAAAUUAAAAAACAGGAGUUCAAAGAAAAACCUUGAAGCAGAAAUACUUUUCCUGCACUGCGGAAAACGGGGAAUAUAAAAGGAUUUUGGCUGAUUAAAAAAAAGACAGAAGGAAAAUAAAUUAUUGCACUGCGUGUUAUUUUGUUGUAGAAACUUUAUGCAGAUAUAUUUAGAAAAUUGGUAAGGGAAAAAAAAAAAAUCUCGACUGCAGACUUGUGUUAACAGAUUCUCCAGCCGGAGCCGUGGAUCUCUGCAGCUCAUCCACGGUUGCCAUCGAUUUCCAGUUGUGCCUUGUUUUUAUUUUGUAAUGUCGCAUUCAACAGAGCUCUAAGAGAUUUGUAGGAUGUUGUUUUCUAACUUGACUCUGCUUUAAACGUCUCCACAACGUGCUGCCUGACCCGUCUGCUGUGUUUGUUCUCUCAGAAACCUCUGAGCUCUUCACAGAACGGCUGGAUGUGUGUCGAGAUUAAACUGGACACAGGUGGAGUGCUUAACAGCAGCUGAUGUGGUUGGAUGAACUGGAUUUUAUUCAGGGGUGUUGUAAUAAACUCAAAUGCACGCUAAACAUUACAGAUUUUUAUUAAUUUAGAAAAUCAUGCAUCAUUUUCCUUCCAUUUCACUCGCACACGACUUUAGUUGAUCAAAAACUCAAUGACAUAUGCUGAUUGUGACAAAAUGAGGAAAAACUGAGUGAAUAAUUUAAGGUGCUGCACUGAAAUAAGAACACAAGAAUCAUUUAAGAGAAGGAAAUUGUUUUGUGGCGCAACGUGAUAUCACAUUGCACUACAAAUAAAGUUACAUAACUGUUCAUUUUUAAUUGGAGGUAACGCUUUACAAGGCCUUUCCUUUCUUUGUGGCAGGAAACCUGGUAUGUAGCCACCCCAGUCAAAGUACCUAAUUAAAAUAGCAGACUCCUAAUAAAGUGUAGAGCAGUUUGAGAAAGCAUCCCAGUCCCUCAUAUUACCCAAGCCUUGCAUCAGAGAGGCAGUCAAAGCUGGUGCCAAUAAUAACUUUGUUUUGCUGUAAUGUUUUAUUAAACCACAGGGUAACAUUUGAGGGUUUUUUUUUAAACCAGCAUUUUCAGCAGAAAGGUAAAAUGGUAUCUCCCUUUUACAGCAUUUUGCAACGAGCAUUUAAGGCGAGAAAAUUACGCAAGCAAAAAGUACAAAAAUACACAGUUUGUCCUGAUUUAUGAGCGACCUUUAAAUCCCAUGAUUGUUUUCCUCUAACUAGAAAAAAAAAAA